UACUCGCGUCUGUGAGAUACUGUAUAUGCAUGCAUACACACCGAUGAGCCAUUACAUAAUGACCACCUAUAGUAUCUAAUAACCCGUAGGACCUCCUUUAGCACACAAAACAGCAGCGAUAGGUCUCCUGGGGUAUCUGGUACCAUAAUGUCAACAGCAGGUCCUCCAGUUCCCAUACAUUGCGGGGUGGUGGUGAUGUAACACGAAGCCACUUUUCGAUUGGGAUAAUGUCAGGUGAAUUUGUAGGCCUAACAGAAAUUCAUCAUCAUGUUCCUCAAGCCACUCCUUGACGGUUCUGGCAGUGUGAACUGUAUCUGCAGCAUCAUUCGGUUGCCAGGCUCACUCGUUACUGUAGGCUGGGGUGGUCAUAAUGCAAUGGCUCAUCGGGGUGUGUAUAUAUGUGUUUUUUAAUACUUGGUUUUCAUCAAAUAUUUAUAUUUCAGCUAUAUUUCAAUUUACAAAAAAGUGUUUGGUUAUCAGUAACAACACCAUGUCAGAUAUGUUGGUUACUUAAAUACAUGUUUGUUUGUUUGUUUGUUUGUGUGAAUAGAGGAGCCAGACAUGGACUCACUAUGGGUGCCAAACUGGCCCGGCUUGAGCAGCAGGAGCAGGAGUUCAUGAACAAGUAUGGUAAGAAGAACCACACUGCUGAAACAUCCACAAGCAACACAGAUUGUCUAAAUUCUGAGGGACGUCCAGAUAUUAAAGAGAAAACAAAACGCAAGAAAUCAAAAAGGCAGAGAAUACCAUCAGAGAAUAACAUCCAUGAAGAUAAGAUGACAACACAGGUCCUUUCAAGUAAUGAUACUGAGGACAGCAAACCCAAAAAGAGGAAAGAGUCUAAUGAUGCUUCUGUGAAUGACAAUAUGAUCGCAGAUACGGAGCCAAAGAAGAAGAAAAAGAGAAAUCGCAAAGAAAAACAAGCACCUGAGGAUUGUGUUCAUGGAGACCGCAGCAUAGAUGUGAAUGAGGCAUUCACACACAAAACAGAGGAGCAAGACACACACCUGCCGACAGAUGACAGCAUACACAAGAAAAAAAAGAAAAAACGGUCCAAGGUGGCUGCUGAGACGGCUGACGCAGAUGAGAUCAGUGAGGAAUCCACAGACGCACACAGCAAACAACCACUGGAGGGCAGUACUGACUAUCAACAAACAUCUGACAAUGCCUUCAAAAAGAAAAAGAAGAAAAAGAGCUCUUCCAUGGAGUACUAUGAAGAUGUGGAUAAAUCAGCUACUGCGGUGACAGUAACAGAAGACACCAGCAAUGAAGCACAGAUAAUAGACACACAAACAGAAGGACAGGAGAACGAAAGGAAGAAAAACAAAAAAAUGAAACGAAGCAAAAAGGAAUAGCAGGAGGUGGUCGAAAAUGUGC